CGCCAAUCGCUCGUCGUCAAGAAGGUGCAUGCAAGUCGUCGCCUCACCCCUGACAGCACCAUCCAGCAGCUCAGCAGGAGGCCUCCAUGCUCUCCAUCCACAGGCGCCAACAGUUGCCGAAUGCAUCCCGAGGAAACCCCACAGACGUCUGCACAAAAUGAAGCAGAAGCAAUUGAGCAGAAGAGGUGCACGCAGGCCCAGUGUCAGCGUUCGUGCCGACGUCUGGCUUUCUUGUCGUCUGUCUUGUGUCUUUCGGCCCUCGGCAGCCCGUCAGUCCCUCUCGUCCGAGGGAUGGUGUCGCCUGUAACGGGCUUCGAACUUCACGGGACGGGUGGCGAUCGAUCGUUGAGCGGGCCUCAAGGCAGCAGCUUCACCACAGCUGCAGUGCCGGAGCGAGCGCAGCUCCUUGAGUACAUGGGAACGGAAAGCGCUACCGGGGGCCGAUUUGCGUCACAAUUGUCGAGAGAGACAUUCAAUUGCAUAGUUAGUUACGUUACCGUCUCAUACCGACUUCUGUGUCCAUCCAAUGUACCGUGACACCUCCCCCCUCAAUCUUCAGGCACAGAAAAAUGGCCCGCCUUAGAUGCCAGCCAUCAAUACUCUCCCCCUUGCAAACACACACCGUCAUGACGCAGCGGCAGACGACGGAAAAAAGGGUGGGCCGGAACAUCUCAUUCAUUCAUCCACCCAUUCAGGCCAGGCCACCCGGCAUUGUCGGCGGCCCAGACAUUCCUUUGCACUCGUCGACGCACGUACACGCGCGUGGGCUGACUGGCAGCCAGGCCUGUCACGGUAUGUGUGCAUAAGCCCUCUCUGUUCCCCCCACCCCCGGCCCGGCCCCUUUCGCUUGUGUGCGUAUAAUAUGUAUGUCGCCCCAGUUUGGCCAAAAUCUAUCUAAGGCAGGCGGGAGGCAAGGCAUGGCAUGAAGGAGAGAGAGCCAUGCAGCAAGACUGACUGCACAACUGCAUGUGUACACGGACGUGCAGUGUGCAUAGCCAACGAACGUGAAGGGACGUGAAGCACCCAUUCCCUCCCCCACCCACCCCCCCCUCCCCCCGUGGGUGUAUGUGUGUGUAUGCGGCCCAUUGGCACAUGAGAGCCUAGCAGACGGUCAUGGAUUUGUCGCCGAUUUUGGCUGCCUUUUCGCUGUAGUCGGUGGACUUCUUCUCGAGCUUCUCAGCCGUGAUGUUGUUCAGCGGCGCUAUCGGGAGAUCCUAGACACACACACACACACAGAUGUACACGCAGAGACCAGAUUGAUGUGACGUCAGUUGGUGUGUCAUGUCAUGCCGCCUUUUGUGCGGUGGGGUAUGUGACGCACCUCUGGAUUGGACUGGAAGAAUGAUCUCAGCUCGAAGUAAUACUUGGCAUAGGUGCUGGGCUUGACGAUAACCUGACGAUCCAAUGCAUUGACAACACACACACACACAGACAAUGAUGGAAGUGCUCAUGCACUACGACACAUACGAGAGAGCGAAGCCAUCUCUGCUCUGCAUGUCUGUGUGUGCCCACCUGGUACUGCAGGAGUUUGACGAACUUGAUCUCCAUGUUGUUGAUCUCGUCCAGCGUGAAGAACGGGUAAAUGUACGCAAAAUCGCUGUUGCCCAGGUACUUGUCGUCCCAAACCUGGGCACACACCGCACCCACACGCACACACAGAUCGACACACACGGUCCAAUGACACACAAUCGAUCGAUACGUGCCGUCACUUGGCCAGGCACCUUUUGUGCGACGAUGAGUGAGAUGAACACCAGCGGUCUCCAGUUGCCAAAGUGCAGAGGCAGUCCUGCAAAGACAGACGCAUCAGACGCACACAGACCACACACACAACCACUUUCGCCUUCCCUGGCCGCGCCAGUCAGUCAGUCAAUGAUCGAUCCCCUUCAUUCAUUUUGCCCACCCCACCCAGCAACCACUACCCCGACCUGAGAAGGCGAUGAGUCUGUUGAUGUAGAGGAGCGAGAGGACGUUGCACUCCGGGCUGUACUCGGCGCACUCGUACAGCGCCGUGAUGAACUUCUCGAUGUCCUCUGCCGAGGGUUUCUUGGUGAAUUUCUCCAGGAGGGUGCCCUUGAGCAUCCGCUGCUUCUCCUUCAAAUACGUCUCCUCGUCAAACACAAACCUGGGCAGUCACAGUCACAACACACACACACACACACAGAUAGACAGACAGACAGACAGACAGACACAGAUACACAGACACAGACAGAGAGAGAGAGAGAGAGACUGACUCAGUGUGUGCCUUUCUUUGUUUCUUUCUUUCUGCCUGCCUGUCUGUCUUGGGCCUGUCAGUCAUUUCAUUCACACUCACUCACGGACUCACUGACUCACUGACUGACUGACUGACUGACCAGUCUUCAUCCUGCUUCAUUUUGUGUACGAGUGAGGCGUCCUCCUCAAUCUGGUCCAGGAGAAUGUAGCUGAUGGCGCGGAUGAGCUUCUGCAUAUUGGGCCGGGUGAUGGUGCUCGUCACCAGCAUGUUGCCGUCAGUCUGGGCCAGCCGGUCCUCAUCGUCCUUGGUGCUGCUGCUUGCCUGAGCCGCUGCUGUCGCCAUCGUCUCACGCACUGUCAGUCAGGAGAGUCUGAGAGAGAGGAGGGGGCCGGAACUCUUUCGCUGCCAACCGACAACAGCACACACAAUCGACACAACACAAGAAGAGCAGUGUGGCCCUGUGACGCGCUGGUGUCCUGCCUGUCCUCCCUCCUGCCAACGUGCAGCUCUCACCUCGUGUGUGGUGCUGGCACCUUCUUUGUCAACAAUUUUCUCUCGACCACCCCUUCCUCAGUGCCUCCCGACGCUCAGGAAAGCCCUCAAGCCAAAGGAGGACAGAG